AUGUACGAGGCACUUGACUUAGACCUAGGGACGGCAAACCUACUGAGGAACCUAGAGAGGGCUAGAAUACCAAUCGAGGAGUUGGCAGGAGGCUCCAGACCCGAUUCCGAGGUCACCAACCUCCUCGAGCUGAUCAAAGACCUCCACGCCGUCACCGACUCGCUCGACGAACUGGCGACAAGAGAGCGCCGCAAUCUGUCCGCGCCCAUCAGGUCUCUCUCGUCAGGCGAUCGCCUCCAUCUCAAGGCUGUGUCCCGCAGCACGUCGGUGAUUGUACAGGAAAGCGUCGGAGACUUGGACCUUCUCAAAGCCUGCUCUCUGCAGCUUCGUACCGAGGUCCUGCGGAUCCUGUACAAUGCGAUCGAUCUGCUGCAGAAGAAGGACGAUGUGGAGGAGGACGGUAAUUUGUCUUUUGAGGCGCGAGGCGUGGCGUCUACGCUUCACUACAGAAUACAGUCGGUUCAGUCCAGGAUAGGCGACAAUGUCGAAGUGCGCAAUGCAGUCUCGGCUGCGACCCAAGUGACUCUCCUCGUCCCGGCCACCACUAUCAACCAGCAUCUCCUCUUACCAAGAUCCAUCAGAGGAUGCUACACCGGACGAGAAAAGGAAAUGUCCAUCCUCAAAGCAUCCAUCGCAGACACAUCCCUUCCCGGCCAGAAGCGCUUCGUCAUCUACGGCCUCGCUGGGUCCGGAAAGACAGAACUGGCUGUCAAGUACGCCGAGGACAACCUUCAGCUGUACUGGGGCGUGUUCUUCGUCGACGCGAGCUCCCGGAAGAACGCAGCGGCGAGCUUCGCCGAGAUUGCAAAACGAGGAGGGUUCGAGGCCAACGAGGGCGCGGGCAAGAACUGGCUGACCACGGUCACGGCGCCGUGGCUGCUUCUGGUGGACAAUGCCGACGAUGACGAGGUUCCGCUGGGCGAUCUCUUCCCGGUAGGCCCCAAGGGGACGAUCCUGAUCACCUCACGGAACCCUGCCCACAGGUCUGAGGGGACUGCGGGCCAGAGAUCCCUUGAGCUCCGCCCGAUGGAAGAAGAGGAAGCCAACGAGCUCAUCCUCAGGGCGGCAGAGGAGCCGAGCCCAUGGCCCAAGAGCAUCACGGACAUGGCCCGUUCCAUCUGCAGAGCACUGGGCUUCUUGCCCCUGGCUCUCGUCCAGGCUGGAAAGGCCAUCCUGGCCGAGCUCUGUUCAUGGUCCAACUUCAUCCCUUACUACGAGCGCCAGCUGGCCAGCGUCCGUCGGGGCCGGCAUCAGAGACAGCACUCGAGGCAUCGAAUGCUCCAGACGGACGACGAUGACAGGCUGAACGUGUUUGUGACCUAUGAGAUCCUCUAUGGGAGCCUCGUUGCAUCUCAAGACGAAAGGUUCCAGGAUGCCGUCGAGUUGCUGCAGGUCUUCUCCUAUCUCCAUUUUCAAAACAUCCCGCUGGAACUGUUUGUCAACGCUGCCAUCGAUCCGCUGAGGGAGGCAAGGGAAGACCAGAGGAUGGCGCAAGAAGAGGCAGAGCUGGUGAAGAAGCUGGACGGCGUGAAGCAGCCGGGCUGGUCGCUGUGGUUCCGUGAGCAGGUUCUCCAGCUCGUGGCCCGCCUCGACAGGCCGCCCAUCCUGUCAGCCCUCAAGAACCUAGACGGCCUGAGCGAGGCGCACCUGGAAGAGGAAGUGCGUGACCGGCUGGGACGGGCGCUCUCUGUGCUCAUCUCCAGGUCACUCAUCAUGAAACAAUCCCGAGAGGGCGGCCUGUACUGCAUGCACCCUCUCGUGCACCAGUGGGUUAGAGAACGGCCCGACACGGCGACGUGGCAACAGGCGCUCUGGUGUGAGAUUGCCACGACGACGCUGGCGCGAGGCAUUCUUCUCCCGCCACACGGCGACACGGAGGCGAAGAGGGCGGCGAGGCGAGGUCUGCUUCCUCACAUCAACGAGGUUAUCAAGCACCGGCGGAGGAUCUUGGAGAAGUUGAAGGAGAACCGGCCUUGGCGGGCGCAGUGGAUAUGGCCUAUCCGCCGCGACUCGGGCUUCGACAGGCACGAGGCGCAACGUGCCGCACGGUACAGCCGAGUGUUCUUUGAGUGUGGCCAUUUCAACGAGGCCCUGGACCUGCAGUCCAAGGUCCGCGACUUUGCUAUCAGGUCGUUUGGCGAGGCACACCGCAUCUCCAUCAUGGCCACCCUCCUCCAGGUCGCCACGCUCCGGGACCUGACCAGAUGGGACGACGGCACACGGCUGCAGCGCGGCGCCUAUAAGGUCUGCGUCGAGUCGUUGGGCCAGAACCACCCGCUGACGCUCAAAGUCACCGACCUGUUAGCCCUGACCCUGUGCUGGAAGGGCAGGCUGGGCGAGGCAAAGAAACUCCAGGCCAUCGCCGUCGAGGGCAUGAGGCGAGUCUAUGGGGCAGACCAUGAAAACACGCUCAAGGCCGUCAACAUCCAGGGCCGGAUCUAUGCGCGCCUCAUGGAGUUUGAGCGGGCCGCAGAGCUACACCUGUCGGCCUGGAAAGGGCUGAGAGAGAAGCUCGGCGAGACACACGUCGAGACGUUGGUCUGUCUGGAAGACCUUUCCAUCGUGCGGAUGUGGCUUGCGGGGGAUGACCUGGACGAGUGCCACGACAGGAUGGCCUUUGUGGUCAAGCACCGAGAGAGGAUCUUCGGCCGGGAGCAGCCCUACACGCUGGGCGCCAAGCUCAACCUCUGCCAGGCGAAGCUGGCGAUAGGACAGGCACAAAAGGCCACAGAGAUCCUGGAGGAGAUCAUCCCCAUCGCGGAAAACAACCCCGUGCUCGGACCCGAACAUCUCGCAGUGGUGUCAGCAAAGAUGCACUAUGCCAGAGCCCUGACGCUCCUCGGUCGUUUCCCAGAGGCAGAGAAGGUCUUUGCUCUCGUCGUCGACAAGCCUCAGUACCGGAAGGCGACCGAUGAAGACGGCGAGCACCCGGACCGGUUGGGUGCCCAGUGGUUCCUGGCUGACUGUCUGACACGCCAGGGAAAGUUGCAACAGGCCGUGGACCUCUGCAGAGAGACCAUGCAAUCGCUGCAGGAGAUCGGCGGCAAUGGGCUGGGAAUGCAACAUAGAUUCGCUGGCAUCGUGCGCAACGAGAUUGCUCGACUGGAGAGGGAGAUUCGAGAGGCCGAGGGGUCUUCUUACAUGAUGCAGCUCCUGGAAUCUGGUACUUAA